AUGAUCACAGACAUGCAGGUCGCCAUCUUCACCAACAUGCUGAGUGUGUUGAUUGUCUUGCUUGUGGUCCCCUAUCACUAUGUGGCAGUAAACAACCCCAAGAAGCAGGAAUGAAAGUGGUGCUUUCUCCACCCCAGGGUUCCAGGACAUAGUCUGAGGCAAGAUGGAGGGUGUGAGGGGCCUUCACACUUCACUUCUUCUCUCCUAUCCAUCACAGCAUACA